UCAUCACAAUGCCCGAUGUUGUGCUUAGCGAAACAAAGUCCAGCUCAGCCUAUAGUCCAGACCUGACUACUAAGCAGACUUGGAAUUCACACUUGUUCGGAGGGACCACCUUUUGUGCACCAUGACACAAAGGAAAGCAAACGAGCUUCCAUGCUGAAGGUAACCCCCGACAUCAGGAAUCUCUGGUGAGAUCAGGAAGGCACACCAGCAAUUACAAGCAUGGACCUACGAGGUCCCAGAGGGCCGGCAGUCAGCCAGGACCUGAAGGGGUUCGGGUUAGGGAUUCCGGCCGCCGGGAUCCCAGCCAGCAGCAUCAUUUCAGCCGUGCAGCAGCAGGACUACUCGGCCAGCGUGUGGCUCCGCAGGAGGGACAAACUGGAACAUUCUCAGCAGAAGUGCAUCAUGGUCUUUGCCCUGCUGUGCUGCUUCGCCGUGCUGGUGGCGCUCAUCUUCUCGGCGGUGGACAUUUGGGGUGAGGACGAAGACGGCAUCUCAGAGGACAACUGCAGCCGGGACUGCAGAGUUGUUCUGGUGGAGAACAUUCCGGAAGAUGUCUCCUUUUCGAACAGCACCGCGUCCCACCUACCGCUGUCAUCAGGGCUCUUCGGCCUACUGGAUCGGGCCAUCCGCGUGGUGGAGAUCGUUUCCCCGCUGUGGCUCCUCAACUCCACCGAAUACGAGUCCAACUUCCAUCCUGCAGCCAGACAGGGUAGAAUUCUGCUCUCCAAGCUGCUGGCACUGAAGUCCAGGAAAAUUCAGCUAAAGAUCUCCAGCGGUAUUGUGGACUCGGUGGAGCUUAAGACACUCGCCAGACAUGGCGCAGAGGUGCACUAUGUGAACAUGACGGCGCUGACAAAAGGUCGCCUCCACUCGUCCUUCUGGGUGGUGGACAGGAGACACUUCUAUAUCGGCAGCGGCAGCAUGGACUGGAGAUCCCUGGCCACAAAGAAGGAGCUGGGUGUGUUGGUGUACAACUGCAGCUGUCUGGCUCUGGACCUCCACAGGGUGUUCAAUGUCUACUGGGGGCUCCAGUACAAGGACUUCAUCCCCUCCUUCUGGUCAAAACGCCUCUUUGCCUUCUUCAACAAGGAGUCGCCUCUGGAGCUCACCCUAAACAGCACCAAGGCCCAAGCAUAUAUCUCUACCUCCCCGGACAUUUUCAUCCCCAAAGACCGAAGCAGUGACUUGGAAGCCAUUUCACGGGUCAUAAAGGAUGCCCGUCACUUCGUGUACAUCUCCAUCACAGACUACUUGCCCCUACUCAACACCAGUGCUUACAGGUCAGCUCAGUACCAUUUGCUAUCUACAGUAAAUCGCGGGUGGCCCCACCCCCCUUAUCAACAUAAAUCCUAUGCGUGUGUUCAUGAUCCAAGGUACUGGUCUCGUAUCGACGGCUUUAUCCGGGAAGCUCUGAUCCUGAGGAGAGUGCGCGUACGUCUGCUGAUAAGUUGCUGGGAAAACACUCAUCCGCUGACUUUCAACUUUGUGUGGUCUCUGAGGAGUCUGUGCAUGGAACAGACCAACUGCUCACUGGAAGCUAAGUUCUUCAACCCCAGACUGCAGAGGGAUGGCAAUCUCCAAGGGAUAAACCACAACAGGUUCAUGGUGACGGACAGAGCCAUUUAUUUAGGUAACCUGGACUGGGUGGGGAAUGAGUUCACCUACAACGCGGGCGUAGGCCUGGUUAUCAGUCUAACCGAAGGCGCCCAGGAGGAUAAGAACACCACGGUGGUGGAGCAGUUCCGGGCCGCCUUCGAGAGGGACUGGUUUUCCAGCUACACCCGCUCCCUUCAGGCCAACAAGAUCCCAAUCUGCAGCAAGCACCAGAUGAACAGAGUGGUACCGGCCAAAGACACCCAGUGGGACGGCGGGCCGGUGCCCGUCAGGGUGGGUCAGCGGGAUAACACUCCGGCACCCAUGAGAAACAAUCCCAAAGACGACAGACAGCGUGGCAAAGCAAGGCGCCGCGAUGGUGUCCAGAGUGAGACCAAUGGACUGGUGUCAGUUGGAGACCAGAAAGUCAGUCGUCUUGAAUAAUCACAGCCACAAAUCAAAAGGACUGUAUGGGAUGACCCAAAGGAACCCCUGCCUCCCACAUUUGGGGAAAACCGCCUCUUUCACUGGAAUCACUGGCUCUUUUGUAGCAUUUUUGUAGAACACUUUCAGGCUAAGAAUAGCUAGUUUGUAGAGACCUUUUGUUGGCUAGAUAUGUGGAUGAACUCAGGAAGGAAGCUUCUCUCGUGCUACUUGUCUCUGGACAGAUAAACUCGGCUGGAUUUACACUGAAAGGUUCAAGCGACCACCAGGAAUAGCCAAGUUGUAAGCACUACUCCGUCACAGUUCUCUCUUAAAAUCUCAGCUCCGGCCUCCUUAUGUGGAGUUUCCAUGUUUUCCUCGUACUUGGUUUUAUCCAGGUACUCUGGUUUCCUCCCACAUUCCAAAAACAUGCUUGUUGGGUUCAUUGAUGACCCUAAAUCAGGGAUGUAAAACGUACUUUUAUCAUUGGCCAUAUCGUAGUUAUGGUUGCUUUCAGUGCACUAUUCGUGAAUUUCACCUAUUUGUGUUUUUUUAAACCCAUUCUUGGUUAUUCACUGAAAGACAUUUGUAGUUUUUGGGUUAUUUUUGUGCUUUUUUUGUAAGAUGCCACAAGAUGGCGCUAAAGUAAAUCGGUAAAGAAGUAUGUCGACGUGAAUGCAACUGCUAGAGUUCUUUGGAUGUCAAAGAAAAUAAUGUAAGAUGAAUUUGAAAUGAUAUUUCAGUGUUUUGGGAUCACAGUUUGUGGUGUGGUUACAGUUUACACUAAAUAUAUCAACAAUUAUAAACAUUUUGAGGGGGCCUUUCACUGAUAUACAAAGAUCAUGAACAGCUGAGAUGUGUCACUUCAAGAUAUUUCCUUGACACCAAUUACUACUUUCCUAUUAGCUGGAUUUGACACCAUAUUCUGGCAUUUGAAGGCAUUGCAGAAAGAGCACAAAAAUAUAAAUAAUGGAGGAUAUGUUUAAAAAUAAGGUAAAAUAGAUGAAUUCGCCAAGAGGGGCUUGAGUUUGACACCUGUGCACUAAAUGGUCCAUGGGUGUGAAUGUGAGUGUGAAUGGUUGUUUGUUUGUGUUCCCUGCAAUUGACUGGUGACCACACCAAGAUGUACUGCUGAGAUAGGCUCCAGCUCACCCAGGACCUUAAUGAGGGCAAGUGAUAUGGAAAAAAAAAAAUCGAUGGAUGGAUGAUGAAUGGAUGAUUGUUCAAGUGACACAAUUUCCAUUUUUUCCCUCAAGCGGCACAAUUGGGAUAUGCGUCAUGGCAGCGUAC